UGUAUGUGUGUGUGUUUUACACUAAAUAUGGUGGAAAGGCUAUUCAGAGCAAAAGGCAAUUAACUGUGGCUGAAGCACUAAGGACAGUUUGAUGAAAGAUAUAUUAAUCAUGGCAGAUGGGUAAAAUAAAGAAAUAUGGCAUUACUGGGGAGAAAAAAUAUCAUAUAUUACAUAUAUAUUAUUAUCAUUUUAAGACGUUGUCUCGCUCUGUCGCCCAGGCUGGAGUGCAGCGGCACGAUCUCAGCUCACUGCAACCUCCACCUCCUGGGUUCAAGCAAUUUUUCUGCCUCAGCCUCCUGAGUAGCUGCGACUACAGGCGCGCCACCAUGCCCAGCUAAUUUUUGUAUUUUUAGUAGAGAUGGGGUUUCACCACAUUGGCCAGGCUGGUCUCGAACUCCUGACCUCCUGAUCUGCCCGCCUCGGCCUCCCAAAGUGGUGGGGUUACAGGCAUGAGCCACCGCACUCGGCCUUUACAUUACAUACAUUUAAGUAAAAGGAUACAUGAGAGCAUAUCAGAGGUAUGUGUGAAAUUUAGACACAUACGAGGCUAAAUCAAGUUUUCAUCUGUUUAUUAACUCCUAUUGCCUGACUUUGAAGUACUCAGUAAUAGUUGAUGAAUACAGAAAACAAUGGCAAAGGUCAGGUAGAUUUGAUGAGAUGUGAGGUAUGUGUUAGUAGAGCUAUUUAAAGGUUUGUUGUUUUUAACAGGAGUAUCAAGUGAGAUUGAUUUUUCAUCUCUUCACCAGGCUCUCUGUUCUUUUAGAAAGGCCUGUCAGCUAGCUCCAUCCCUAACACUUUCAGGGAUGUUAACCCAUAGCUGGCAAAACUUGUGUUUAAAAUCCCAAAUAUUAAGCAGAUGAAAAACUUGGAUAUUAAAUACUUUCAUAACUCAUCUCCACGAAUUUGUACGUCUGAGGGAACAAUAGACAGCUGCAGGUCCAUUGAGGCCGCAAAAGCUAACUACAGAGAUAGUCUUUUAGCUAUUUUGAAAUCAGUAGGGCCUGACUACAGUCAUCUGUCGCAUACCCAUUAGUCUUACUAAGGUCCUGCUGGCGUCAGAGAGGUGGUUCUACGAUGCACGGAAGGAGUGUGUCUGGCCAGAGCAGUGGGGAGGCUCAGCUGCCUUGGGAGGUGCAAGGAGUAGCGCUAGGAAGUUGCUGCUAGGCCUCUGGCAAGAACACCAAUUGAUCCGCAAUGCGCCUGGCCAAACUGCAGCAGCCUGCUCUGCAAAUACCGCAUGACAGAAAAAGCCUGUAUUGGAGAAUAUAAGAAUCCGCGGCAGAAACGGAGUGCGCGACGAUUCAAAGGUUUUUACCCAGCACGGCUCCCCCGUCAGACUGCAAAUCCCAGCAUUCACUCCUUCCACGGGAGCCAAUGAGGAAGCUACAAGUUCCCGCAGCCAAUCACAUUCUGAGCCAGUGUAUCACCCGACUGAAUUCUGGGAUUUGUGGUUUUCACGUGGCAACAUUACACCACGGUGGUCAAGGCAAUGCAGGCCACGCGUCUGAUCCCAAACGACACUUCCCUGUUAUAAAUUAUUAUGUUGGUUCCGCAAGCUAACUCCUUAACUGUCGUUACUCCCAGGCUUUCUCCUACUCAAAGCUCGUAAUCUUUUUCUCUUAAUGUCAUUAAAUAAUCAAGUUAUUUUCAGAUUAAGGCCCACUUGCUCCACUCGUCUCCUGUCCUUUAACCGUCGCUUUAAAGUCUCGCGAGAACAGCCCCUUUUUUUGUCGUCGUCAUGUCUCCAAAAGGCGGGUCACGCGAAAACUGACACAGGCUUCAGCCAACCAAAUUGUCUUUUAACUCUCGUCUCGACAGUGUGCGUGGGCAGGCCUCCGUGAACUCUGACCUUAGCUUUCCGUAGCGUCCCGCGUCUGCCGCCCCCGCCCCCGGAGCGAAGGAGGCGGGCUUUGGCCUUUUGCCCUAGGGAGCGAGUGCGGAGCGAGUGGGAGCGAGACGGCCCUGAGUGGAAGUGUCUGGCUCCCCGUAGAGGCCCUACUGUACGCCCCGCCGCCCAUGAGCUCGUUCUCACCUGAACAGCGCUGUCGUUAAGCUGGCCCUGUAGCCUCGGCUUACCCCGGGACAGGCCCACGCCUCGCCGGGGAGGGGGCAGCCCGUCGAGGCGCCUCCCUAGUCAGCGUCGGCGUCGCGCUGCGACCCUGGAAGCGGGAGCCGCCGCGAGCGAGAGGAGGAGCUCCAGUGGCGGCGGCAGCGGCAGCGGGCAGCAGCUCCAGCAGCGCCAGCGGGCGGGAUCGAGGCCGUCAAAAUGGCGAGCGCCUCGUACCACAUUUCCAAUUUGCUGGAAAAAAUGACAUCCAGCGACAAGGACUUUAGGUUUAUGGCUACAAAUGAUUUGAUGACGGAACUGCAGAAAGAUUCCAUCAAGUUGGAUGAUGAUAGUGAAAGGAAAGUAGUGAAAAUGAUUUUGAAGUUACUGGAAGAUAAAAAUGGAGAGGUACAGAAUUUAGCUGUCAAAUGUCUUGGCCCUUUAGUGAGUAAAGUGAAAGAAUACCAAGUAGAGACAAUUGUAGAUACCCUCUGCACUAACAUGCUUUCUGAUAAAGAACAACUUCGAGACAUUUCAAGUAUUGGUCUUAAAACAGUAAUUGGAGAACUUCCUCCAGCUUCCAGUGGCUCUGCAUUAGCUGCUAAUGUAUGUAAAAAGAUUACUGGACGUCUUACCAGUGCAAUAGCAAAACAGGAAGAUGUCUCUGUUCAGCUAGAAGCCUUGGAUAUUAUGGCUGAUAUGUUGAGCAGGCAAGGAGGACUUCUUGUUAAUUUCCAUCCUUCAAUUCUGACCUGUCUACUUCCCCAGUUGACCAGCCCUAGACUUGCAGUGAGGAAAAGAACCAUUAUCGCUCUUGGCCAUCUGGUUAUGAGCUGUGGAAAUAUAGUUUUUGUAGAUCUUAUUGAACAUCUGUUGUCAGAGUUGUCCAAAAAUGAUUCUAUGUCAACAACAAGAACCUACAUACAAUGUAUUGCUGCUAUUAGUAGGCAAGCUGGUCAUAGAAUAGGUGAAUACCUUGAGAAGAUAAUUCCUUUGGUGGUAAAAUUUUGCAAUGUAGAUGAUGAUGAAUUAAGAGAGUACUGUAUUCAAGCCUUUGAAUCAUUUGUAAGAAGAUGUCCUAAGGAAGUAUAUCCUCAUGUUUCUACCAUUAUAAAUAUUUGUCUUAAAUAUCUUACCUAUGAUCCAAAUUAUAAUUACGAUGAUGAAGAUGAAGAUGAAAAUGCAAUGGAUGCUGAUGGUGGUGAUGAUGAUGAUCAAGGGAGUGAUGAUGAAUACAGUGAUGAUGAUGACAUGAGUUGGAAAGUGAGACGUGCAGCUGCGAAGUGCUUGGAUGCUGUAGUUAGCACAAGGCAUGAAAUGCUUCCAGAAUUCUACAAGACCGUCUCUCCUGCACUAAUAUCCAGAUUUAAAGAGCGUGAAGAGAAUGUAAAGGCAGAUGUUUUUCACGCAUACCUUUCUCUUUUGAAGCAAACUCGUCCUGUGCAAAGUUGGCUAUGUGACCCCGAUGCAAUGGAACAGGGAGAAACACCUUUAACAAUGCUUCAGAGUCAGGUUCCCAACAUUGUUAAAGCUCUUCACAAACAGAUGAAAGAAAAAAGUGUGAAGACCCGACAGUGUUGUUUUAACAUGUUAACUGAGCUGGUAAAUGUAUUACCUGGGGCCCUAACGCAACACAUUCCUGUACUUGUACCAGGAAUCAUUUUCUCACUGAAUGAUAAAUCAAGCUCAUCGAAUUUGAAGAUUGAUGCUUUGUCAUGUCUAUACGUAAUCCUCUGUAACCAUUCUCCUCAAGUCUUCCAUCCUCACGUUCAGGCUUUGGUUCCUCCAGUGGUGGCUUGUGUUGGAGACCCAUUUUACAAAAUUACAUCUGAAGCACUUCUUGUUACUCAACAGCUUGUCAAAGUAAUUCGUCCUUUAGAUCAGCCUUCCUCGUUUGAUGCAACUCCUUAUAUCAAAGAUCUAUUUACCUGUACCAUUAAGAGAUUAAAAGCAGCUGACAUUGAUCAGGAAGUCAAGGAAAGGGCUAUUUCCUGUAUGGGACAAAUUAUUUGCAACCUUGGAGACAAUUUGGGUUCUGACUUGCCUAAUACACUUCAGAUUUUCUUGGAGAGACUAAAGAAUGAAAUUACCAGGUUAACUACAGUAAAGGCAUUGACACUGAUUGCUGGGUCACCUUUGAAGAUAGAUUUGAGGCCUGUUCUGGGAGAAGGGGUUCCUAUCCUUGCUUCAUUUCUUAGAAAAAACCAGAGAGCUUUGAAACUGGGUACUCUUUCUGCCCUUGAUAUUCUAAUAAAAAACUAUAGUGACAGCUUGACAGCUGCCAUGAUUGAUGCAGUUCUAGAUGAGCUCCCACCUCUUAUCAGUGAAAGUGAUAUGCAUGUUUCACAAAUGGCCAUCAGUUUUCUUACCACUUUGGCAAAAGUGUAUCCCUCCUCCCUUUCAAAGAUAAGUGGAUCCAUUCUCAAUGAACUUAUUGGACUUGUGAGAUCACCCUUAUUGCAGGGGGGUGCUCUUAGUGCCAUGCUAGACUUUUUCCAAGCACUGGUUGUCACUGGAACAAAUAAUUUAGGAUACAUGGAUUUGUUGCGCAUGCUGACUGGUCCAGUUUACUCUCAGAGCACAGCUCUUACUCAUAAGCAGUCUUAUUAUUCCAUUGCCAAAUGUGUAGCUGCCCUUACUCGAGCAUGCCCUAAAGAGGGACCAGCUGUAGUAGGUCAGUUUAUUCAAGAUGUCAAGAACUCAAGGUCUACAGAUUCCAUUCGUCUCUUAGCUCUACUUUCUCUUGGAGAAGUUGGGCAUCAUAUUGACUUAAGUGGACAGUUGGAACUAAAAUCUGUAAUACUAGAAGCUUUCUCAUCUCCUAGUGAAGAAGUCAAAUCAGCUGCAUCCUAUGCAUUAGGCAGCAUUAGUGUGGGCAAUCUUCCUGAAUAUCUGCCAUUUGUCCUGCAAGAAAUAACCAGUCAACCCAAAAGGCAGUAUCUUUUACUUCAUUCUUUGAAGGAAAUUAUUAGCUCUGCAUCAGUGGUGGGCCUUAAACCAUAUGUUGAAAACAUCUGGGCCUUAUUACUAAAGCACUGUGAGUGUGCAGAGGAAGGAACCAGAAAUGUUGUUGCUGAAUGUCUAGGAAAACUCACUCUAAUUGAUCCAGAAACUCUCCUUCCACGACUUAAGGGGUACUUGAUAUCAGGCUCAUCAUAUGCCCGAAGCUCAGUGGUUACGGCUGUGAAAUUUACAAUUUCUGACCAUCCACAACCUAUUGAUCCACUGUUAAAGAACUGCAUAGGUGAUUUCCUAAAAACUUUGGAAGACCCAGAUUUGAAUGUGAGAAGAGUAGCCUUGGUCACAUUUAAUUCAGCAGCACAUAACAAGCCAUCAUUAAUAAGGGAUCUGUUGGAUACUGUUCUUCCACAUCUUUACAAUGAAACAAAAGUUAGAAAGGAGCUUAUAAGAGAGGUAGAAAUGGGUCCAUUUAAACAUACAGUUGAUGAUGGUCUGGAUAUUAGAAAGGCAGCUUUUGAGUGUAUGUACACACUUCUAGACAGUUGUCUUGAUAGACUUGAUAUCUUUGAAUUUCUAAAUCAUGUUGAAGAUGGUUUGAAGGACCAUUAUGAUAUUAAGAUGCUGACAUUUUUAAUGUUGGUGAGACUGUCUACCCUUUGUCCAAGUGCAGUACUGCAGAGGUUGGACCGACUUGUUGAGCCAUUACGUGCAACAUGUACAACUAAGGUAAAGGCAAACUCAGUAAAACAGGAGUUUGAAAAACAAGAUGAAUUAAAGCGAUCUGCCAUGAGAGCAGUAGCAGCACUGCUAACCAUUCCAGAAGCAGAGAAGAGUCCACUGAUGAGUGAAUUCCAGUCACAGAUCAGUUCUAACCCUGAGCUGGCGGCUAUCUUUGAAAGUAUCCAGAAGGAUUCAUCAUCUACUAACUUGGAAUCAAUGGACACUAGUUAGAUGUUUGUUCACCAUGGGGACCAUUACAUAUGACCACACAAUGCACUGAAUUGACAGGUUAAUCAUAAGACAUGGAAAGAGAAGUGUCUAAAAGCUUCAAAAUGUUCCACUUUUUUUUCCUUCAUGGAGACUGUUUGUUUGGCUUUCUUCCAUUGUUGUUUUUGUAGCAUUUAUUUCAGAAAUGUGUAUUUCCAUAAUCCAGAGGUUGUAAAACCACUAGUGUUUUAGUGGUUACAGCAACAUUUGAAAUGGAAACUAAAAGUUAGGAUUUUAUGGAGUAGGGAGAUAGGGUCCAGUAUCUAUUUACCCUGUAAUGUUUAGGAUUAAAAUGUUGAAAUUUUGUGACCAUGAAUUUCUUUCUUUUAUAAAUUUUCUCAUUUAAAAAUCAAAAAUCUUGCAAAACAAAAACCAUGUUUCUUUUUCUUAUAUAACUUUUUGUUUUCAGCAACAUAAAUUGAUUUUUAGCUGGCAGACAAGAAUAUCCAUAUAAGAUUUGUUACCAUUUCAGAGAGUUUGGCAAUUUUUAAAAGAUAAUAAGGUAUCAUUUUUAAGUAUGAAAAUUAACAAUAUCCCUGUUGCACACACUAAUUUUGCAUGAGCAAGUUUACAAAUAUGUAUUGUCUGUAAAGGAGCAUGUGCAGAUUAUUCAUAAUAUAGAAGUUAAAAUAAGUAUUAGUGCAAUUUUCAGAUAUUUAUUUUUGCACAGAAAACACAUUAUCUGGAGAGAAAGGAGAAUUUUUGAGACUUGGGUUUUCUUAAUGCCAGUGUGAAUUUGCAGAUGUUUUCAGCAAAUCAAGUCACAGUAACAAUUUGCCACUUUUUUCUAUUAUAAAUCUUCUUUCUUAAAUUUUGAGUAUUUAAGUGCUCAGUUUUUCUCAGUUACCCAUUUGUGUGCGUGUGUUUCCACUUAGAAAUUCUUAAAACCAGAUUUUUCUUUCAUUCCCUUUGGAUGUCUACAUUCCUUAACAAAGGAUAUAAAUACUGUGUAUGCUUUUGAAUUUUUAUUUUUAGGAAAAUUCUGAAGCCAGCUAUCACAGGUUUGUUAGCUAAUAAUAGUAUUUUCUUUUAGUUGAGGUAGGUUUUUCCCCAUUUCCUGUAGAGCUAAUUUACAUAUUGUAUUUGGUAAGUGUUCACUACUUUUCCUGAUUAAGGGAUCUGUGCUGGGGAACAAAGCUUUUGCAGUACCUUAUAUUGUAGUUAAAAUUUUAUUUAACAUAUCCUUCAGUGAGCUCAUUUCACACUGUAGCCUCUUCCUUAAAAUUUGUGGUGCUCCUGUAAAAGUAAGAACUAAUUCUGAAAUAAAAGACAUCUCCUAAUGCUGUGCAAACAUAGUUUACAUGUAUUGAAGGAGGCAGUUGUUAAAUUGAGUGACCAAUUUUAAGCAAUCAGAUAUUUGAAAACUGCACCCUUUAUUUUUGAAACUGUGAAUUAGAAACACUUUUCCUGCUGUAUUACUACCUGCUUUAACAUCCAAAUAUACAGUGAUUUUAAAUGAUAACAUACUGUGGUUAUUAGAUUAACAGGUUGAUUUUGAAAUUUCAGAUGAUAAUGCAGAAGACAUCACUUCUAGGAAGGAUUUUGACUAGUGCAUUGAUGUUGAAGUUGGUGCCAUUUCAAAAUGUGGCAGGUGAUAAUCUUAUACCAUAAUUUGCAUAAAACUGUAAUAGAAGUUUAUUUUGAGAUGUUAGUAUAUUAUGUACUAUGCAUUUCUGUGGUACAGAUGUUGUGGAUAUAUUUAAGUAUUUGGUUACAUGGUUUCACAAUAAAUUACAAUACUGCAGGCUCUAGGACCGAA